UACCAUAAUGUUGCCCACACUUGAACCUUCCUCUGACUUCCCGCCGUCGACAGACUUCCGGUCGAUUUGACGCCACAUCUAUCACUAGAUAAAUAUUUAACCUACAUUGCUCAACCUGGACGUUUUGCAGUCUCUUGAGAAUAUAACUCAGUAUGGAGAUUUCUAUACUCGAUUUUGAGGUUUACGAACUAGGAAAGAGCCAUGUAUCUGCUGAUAAAUUGGAAAAGCUAAGUACGGGACUGAGAACUGCAUUCACCGAGAUGGGAUUUGUUUAUCUGAAAAACACUGGAAUAGAUCAGGAAGAGGUGGACAAAGUCAUGAGCAUUUCAAAGAAGUUCUUCUGUUUGCCUGAAGAUAUGAAAAGGCCUUUCAGCAGAGGCAAUUUCUCCUGUAAUGUUAAUCACGGCUGGGUUUCAGUAGAAACGGAAAGUUUGAAUCCCCGACGUCCUGGUGAUUUAAAGGAAGCCUUUAAUACAACAACUUUGAGAAUGGAUAUCAACUGGCCCUCAGAAGGAGUUGAUGAUUUCCGAGCUGUCCAAUCGUCCUUUUUUCUACGCUGUAAGGAACUCUCUCUCAGAGUGCUGAGAGUGAUGGCUAUCAGUUUGGGUCUGGAUCCAGAGGUCUUCCUCAAUGCACAUAAGUAUAUUGGAAGUGAAAAUGCAAAUGGCACCACACUACGGUCGUUGUACUACCCCCAGGUGAAGUCUGUGAAGGACGGUCAGUUGCGCUGUGGUGAACAUUCGGACUACGGUAGUAUCACUCUGGUCUUCCAAAGCCCUGAAGGUGGACUGCAGGUUCUUAACCGGAAUGGAGAGUAUAUUUCAGCGCCAUGCAUUCCUGGAGCAGUUCUAAUAAACAUAGCAGACCUGAUGCAAAGAUGGACUAGUGAUGUCUAUGUGUCUGCCGUUCAUAGGGUUUUACUGCCACCUGAUGGUGACACCAACACACGUCAGUCUUUGGCCUUCUUUGUACAGCCUGAUGAUGAGGCCAUUAUUUCUUGCUGUGAUGGAUCAGACAAAUAUUCUCCAGUGAAGUCAGUUGAUUACCUGUUGUCUAGGUUUAAGGAUUCUUAUAGCAAAUAAACCAAAAAAGAUCAUGUCUCAUGAUGUUAUGGUUUAAAUGAAAAUUGUUUUCAUAUUUAGGAAACAAUAGGAUUUUAUAUGUGUAUGUUUAAACAAAAUGGCAUUUAUGUUGUAAUGUUAUCCAGAGCACACAAUUGGUGAAGCUUAGAUCAUUUAAUCAUUUUAAAGAAAUGUAAAGCACAAUCAUUCACGCAUUAAAUCUGAAAGAAAAGUCAAACCAAAUUGUCUCAUAUACACACUAUUUUGCUUGGCUUACAUAGUUAGGAGUCACAUCUGAUUAAUUUGUAUUAUUAUUAUUAUUAUUAAAUCAGCUUAAAUUAAAGGUAGCACAACAAAUAAUUGUAUGAUGAAUGAAUACUUGACAAUUCAAUAAUAUAUAAUUAUUGUUUUGCAUUACAGUAUUGAUAAUGACACUUUUUUAAUUACAGCAAUGAAUAUAACAUCACAGCACAAACAAUUGUAAUAAUGGUCUUUUUAACCCACAUGUGGUGUUUGGGUCAUUUUUGACCCAUUUUGAUUUUGUUUAUUCUUUAAUAAAAAUGUAAUUCUUUGUCUGAGUGAUACAAGACUUGGUGACUUUUCCUCCACUAGCUAUCUAAACACACACACAAGAAUCUAGACGAAUGAAUUGGAAAUAAUAAAAUACAGAGAUUUUGUUUUUUUAUUUGUCAAAUAAAAAUCAAUAAAUCAAACACAAUGCAGACCACAUAAUGAUAGGGUGAGACUCUAAAACAUCCACUAUGCAGAAAACACACCCACACACACACAUACAGGUUUGUUUGACUAUAUUAGUGAUCUCUAAUUGGCUUCCAUUGACUUCAUAUCAUACUCUACCACUAAACCUAAACACAACCAUCACACAAGCAUGUGCACAUCAUUAGAUUUGAAGAUCACCAUCAUCUGACCCAUUUAAGAGCUUUUAUUUGUUUUAGUUUUUUUUUUAUAAAUGUAGAGAAAUCUGUUUAUAUACACCGAUCAGCCACAACAUUAAAACCAGCUGCCUAACAUUGUGUCCCCCUCGUGCUGCCAAAACAGCACCUGCAUAUCAGAAUAGCAUUCUGAGAUUAUAUUUUUCUCACCACAAUUGUACAGUGGUUAUCUGAGUUACCAUAGACUUUGUCAGUUCUAACAAGUCUGAUCAUUCUCUGUUGGCAAGGCAUUUCCAUCCACAGAACUGCCACUCACUGGAUGUUUAUUUUAUUUUUUUGCACCAUUCAGAGUCAAUUCUAGAGACUAUUGUGUGUGAAGAAAGUUUAAAUGUUGUGGCUGAUCUGUGUAAAGAGACUGAAUGGCAGCCUGAGAAAAUAAUAGUUUUGAGAUUUAACUUAAGCAUUCAAUUUGUUUUAUAUCUUUAUGUAUAUAGUCUAAUACUGCAUCGGCAAUGUACACUUAAGUUGUUCUUGCCAAUAAAGCUUGAUAUGAAUUGAAUCAAAAGUCCACUGUAAAAUGGCAGAAGAUUUUAAUUACAGCAUGUCCACUGAUUUUGUGUCUGAUAAACUCUAUCUGCAAAAAAACUUAACACUUAACUUUCUGUUUAUGCUAGAAUUUUGACGUUUGAAAUAAAUGACA